UCUUGCUCGUCAUCGUUAUACAGCCAGUAUGUUAAAGUUGUUUGUUGCUUUGCUGGCAUUCGUUUGUGCUGUGGUGGGUGAUCAGUGCACCACAUAUCACCACCCUAAGUACGGCAGUGUUGGGAAAUGCAUGCAGAAAUCAUGCUGUGCCUAUGGUACCUACAUAUCAAACCUAUGUCCCGGCGACAGCAACGUCAAAUGUUGUUUUUCCCACAGCACGUGUGGGGAGGGGUCGGUAGGUACAGGAGGUUCUGGCUGUAGCGGAAGUCGUCAUUACAGUGCACGAGGGACGGCUUAUUAUCCCGAUCCCAGUCCUUUAGAAGGGGGAUACAAUGAUAGACAUGGUGUUAAGCUGAGGACGCUCCAGGAUUUUCUCGAGGGCUCUGCUAGCUACGUCAGCGUGGCAAUGGAUCAAUACCUGAACUUACCCUACGGUACUAUCCUCUGCAUUCCGGAACUGGAUCGCAAAUAUGGCAAGCACAUCAUUUUUAAGGUUGUGGACACCGGAAGUGCUUUUAACCACAAAGGUUACAGUCGAAUUGACAUCUGUGUUCGAGAUCAGCAGCAUUCCUAUGACGCGGCCAUCAACAAUCAUAUCACGCUCGUCUUCAAGUAAAUAAACAUCACCUGGC